AUGGCAAUCUGCAUGAGAAAAAGCAGCACAACAAAGUGCAGAGAUAUAGAUGCUGCUAAAAGUUUUCUUAGUUCUCUUGUUAACUUGGCUGAGCAGAAUAUCAAUCAUUGCUCUUACCUUCCUCAUGCCACCCCAGAUUUUACAAACUUAAGCUCACUUGAGCUAGUAUCAUCACUUAAAAAACUAAAUCUAAAUGGUAAUUUCGAUUUCCAAAAUACCCGCCGUGUGGCAAAUGACUUUGGUAACAGAUACCAUUUUCAUACGAUGGCGGUUCUGUUACCCAAAACAGUCUCUGACAUCUCUAUAACAAUCAAACAUGUUAUCAACAUGGGUCAUAACCCAGAGCUUACUGUUACAGCAAGAGGCCAUGGUCACUCACUUCAAGGUCAAUCUCAAAGCCAUGGUGGCAUAGUCAUCAGCAUGGAAUCUCUAGAAGAACCAAAACUGCACGUCCAUACAUGCGAGCAACCUUAUGUUGAUGUUUCAGGGGGUGAAUUGUGGAUUAACAUUCUGCAUGAGACUCUAAAACAGGGAUUAUCACCUAAAUCAUGGACCGACUACCUUUAUUUGACUAUCGGGGGAACUUUAUCAAAUGCCGGGAUUAGUGGACAAGCAUUCAAAUACGGACCUCAAAUAAACAAUGUCCAUCGGCUAGAAAUUGUCACUGGUAAGUUCUUAACUCUGUUCUAUUUAAAGAUAUUAUACAAAGUAAAUACUUGAAUAUCCAAUUCGGGCAUCUUAUAUUUCAGCAUAUGAGUUUCAUUGAA